AUGCAAAAAGAAGGAAAACCAACCACCGUUUUGGAACCACUCGAUUUAAUUAGGCUAUCACUUGAUGAACAGGUGUAUAUUAAAUUGAAAGGAGAUCGUGAAUUGAGGGGAAUUUUGCAUGCAUAUGAUCAACACUUAAACAUGGUUCUUGGAAACGUGGAAGAAACCAUUCAUGAAAUUGAAGUGAGCAAAGAAACUGAAGAACAACACAUCAAGACCACUAAAAGGAAAAUAGGAAUGUUGUUUGUUCGUGGCGAUGGAGUCAUUCUCGUGGUUAACUCUCAACUUCGAUCUCUUUAA